AUGUUUGAAGACUUUCUAUCUGAUCCUAAAUAUUCAAAUUCUAAAAAGAAACAUAAACAGCUUCAAAGGCUAUUACUCAAAUACAUUGAAGUACAGAAAUUUCAGGAAAUAAUAAGUAAUGAAGAUUUACCUUUGAAACAAAGACAAAGGUUGAAUAAAGCUAAAACAAAAAAGAAAAUACUUAAGAAAAUACAUGAAGAACUCAAUGAAAGGUUGCGGCCUGAGGAAACCUUCGAAAUAUGGCAUCUUUAUAAAAAUUUAAAUUUGGAUAGACAAAAAUCUGGCAAGAGGCAUGGUGUACAUGGACAAGGAAAUAUAACGGAAGGCCUAAUGGAUGAAUUGAUCAAAUCUAAUGAAAAUGAUGAAAUUGAGAGUGAUGGCUCGGAGAAUGAACUGAAGAUGGAUAACCAACUUGAUAGGUUUUUGAAUUCAUUUGAUCUGUCAAGCACUUGGACUAAGGCGAAUUUUUUGAUCAAGACUAAAGGGCUUGAAGUCCUCCCACAUGCGCCGUUAGAAACAUACUCUUCUGGUUUCAUGAAGAGCGACAAUGCCAGCUUAAUAAAUCAUCAUAUAAACAACCUUAAAACUUUAUUGCACAUAAAUAUUCUUAGACGUAAUUGGGGACUAGCAUAUAAAAUUUUUUGUUUACUAAUUAGAUUGCCUAAAGUUGAUAUUCGUUCAUUGUGGCCAUUGGGAAUUGAGAUUUUGAAUAGACAAAGAGAGGAAACGGCCUACGAUAACAGCGAUAUUAAAUUAUUUAAAGAUGAAAAGUUUUUUGAUUGGUUAUCGUCAUUCUUCAUAAUUAACAAACAUAGUAACACGUUCAAUUUAAGUAACACGAGGAAAAUAUCAGCUCCUAUUUGGAGAUCGGGUUCCAGAACCCAUACACCGAUGUAUGUGAUAACUUCUUUGUGGGGGCUAAUGAUCAAAAAUAAAUACGCAAGAUUGAGAGAUAGACUAGACGAAUUAUUACUAGAACCCCCUUACAAUACUGACGGUAUUUUUUAUUUCCUAAUGACCUUAUGCAAACUAUUAGAAAACUGUAAAUUAGCAAAUAAGUUCUCUAGCUUUAGUGAAGAAUGGCCAAGAGAUGAAAGUGAGAAUGAAGAUGAAGAUGAAAUGAAUGAUUCUCUCUUUCUUUCCAAAACUGAUAUACAUAAAAGAAUCCUAGAAAAUCAAAAGGUUAUUGAAAAAAACUUGGAAAAAUGUAAAGAGUUUAAUUUCGAUUUCCCGAAAGCUUUAAUUAAUAAUGAAAUAAACUGGAUUAUGAAACAAAUAAAUGAAGAUAAUAAUGACAACUCAUCGAUAUCAUCGAACUCUGAAAGGGAUUUCGAUAAUGAGGAUGAUGUUCACAACAGGAACAUUUCAAGUACACCGAUAGAUGUAGAACCGAUCUUUGAAGAUAUUGAUGGCAAGUCUAAAAGCCGUCAAAAUAGUAUUGAUUUAUAUGAAAAUAAACUGAGCAUUGAAGAAGCUGAAGAUAAUUCAAGAAAUGAUAAUUUAGAAGAAAACAAUCAAAGUAUGAAUUUUGAUUUCGACUUUGAUUAA